AUGAAGGCAACUGUUUCUGUAUAUCUGUUUCUGUGCCUCUGUGGACUGAGCUCCAGUUUCUAUAGAAGACACUUCUAUGUGACACAGAAAAUGCAAUGGAAUGAUGCGCAGACGUACUGCAGAGAGCAUUAUUAUGAUUUGUCCACUACUACCACACAAGAGGCAAUGGAGCUCUCCAGUAACCACAGGGUUUCUGUUUGGGUUUGGGUUGGAGCAUACCAAAAUCCUUUAAACUCAUCUGAAUGGAUUUGGUCUGGAGGUGAAAAACAACCAGUUGAACAGUGGAACCCUGGAGAACCAAACCUUUUGGAUUAUGAGAAAUGCGCUUUUCUAUACACACGGAGUUCUAAACUGAUCAAUGAUCGGUGCACUUCGACUUUAUCAUUUUAUUGUAUGGACUACUUUGAAACGGUAGUGGUACAUGAGAAUAAGACAUGGGAAGAGGCUCUGGACCACUGCAGACAAAACUACGUUGAUCUUGUCAGUAUCAACUCUCAGUGGAAAAUGGAAGAGGUGAUAAAAAACAUCACAACAUCACAGACAGCUUAUGUAUGGAGUGGACUACGGUUUUUAGCUGGACAUUGGUUCUGGGUCAGUGGUGAUGAUGUUGAAUAUAAAGCCUGGUCUGCGGAGGGAGAGCUCCAGUGCCCUCCCAUAAAUUUCCAGUGUGGAGCUUUGGAUAUAAAAAAUAAGGUUUGGAAACCUAAAGACUGUGAGGAAAGAUUAAACUUUGUUUGUAUUAAGAAUUAAAUAAACUGUCUGAAAUAGAUUUUCUGAUAUAGCACUCUUUUAUGUUAUGUUAAGAAUCUUAUAUUUUAAGCUGAACCUUUCCUUAUAUUUGUAUAAAACACAUUUACAUGACUUUUGCAGUGUUUAAUCCAUAAAAAUGCGGUUAUAGAUAAUGUUUUUCAUAGCGUGCAUACUGUUUUAGCAUGCAUUUUUGUGUAAACUCUUGAGACU